GGAGCCGCUAUGAGGGUGGUGUGGGUGAGUGAUAGAGUGUGCGUGAGUGAUGGAGUGUGUGUGAGUGAUGGAGUGUGUGUGAGUGAUAGAGUGUGCGUGAGUGAUAGAGUGUGCGUGAGUGAUAGAGUGUGCGUGAGUGAUAGAAUGUGCAUGAGUGUUAGAGUGUGCGUGAAAACUGGAGCACAGACGUUAAAUGCACGCUCGUACGCAGUUCUUCCUCUCUACCGAGGGGGUCUGUAG